AAUAAACUCUCUGGUCAAUUUCCUCCUCAACUAUUUCAAGUUGCACGCUACGCCUCCUCCAACAGGUCUGGCUCGGCCUUCUGCAGGCUGCUGUCGCUGCAGAAACUGGACCUGUCCAAUAACAAGCUCACCGGGGAGCUGCCGAACUGCUGGUGGCAGAUGCAGGCCUUGCAGUUCAUGGACCUGUCCAACAACUACUCAGGUGAGAUCCCCAAAGCCCCGGCCGGCCACAACUGCUCCCUUGAGUCGCUCCAUCUUGCCAGCAACAGCUUUGUCGGAGGCUUUCCAUCAGUCGUUGGGGGGUGCCAGAAGCUUGUCACUCUGGAUAUUGGUAGCAACAGUUUCUUUGGUGGUAUUCCUCUGUGGAUUGGGAGCGGUGUUCGGACCCUGAAAAUUCUUAGCCUUAGGUCAAACAAUUUCACUGGUGAAAUUCCAUCGGAGUUAUCGCAGCUUUCGCAACUUCAGUUGUUAGACUUGUCCAACAAUAGCUUGACCGGAGUAAUACCAAGGGAGUUUGGCAACUUAACUUCCAUGAAGGAUUUGAAAAUCAAAUUCAAUCCAGGAUCGCUACAUGGGUCCAAUUAUCAGGAUAGAAUUGAUCUUAUCUGGAAGGGACAUGAGCUGAUUUUCGUCAAAGUACUUGAGCUGGUGACAGGCAUCGAUUUGUCAAGCAAUUCACUAUCUCGAUGCAUCCCUGAAGAGCUAACCGAUCUCAAAGGUCUUCGAUUUCUCAACUUGUCAAGGAAUCAUCUUUCAUGCAGCAUUCCUGAGAACAUUGGUAGUUUCAGAUAUCUCGAGUCCCUUGACCUCUCCUUGAAUGAACUUUCAGGAGCCAUUCCUCAAAGCAUGAGCAAUUUGCAAUCCCUCAAUACGUUGAAUCUCUCGAACAACCAUUUUUCAGGCAAGAUACCCACUGGGAAUCAACUUCAGACCCUGAAUGAUGCAUCGAUUUACAGCAACAAUUCUGGACUCUGUGGACCUCCUUUGGACAUUCCUUGCACAGAUCCCUCUCUUGCAUUUGAUCAGAAAAAUGGUGAAGAAUGCCAGGACCAAUGGCUGUCCUAUUGUGUGAUCGCUGGAAUUGUUUUUGGAUUUUGGAUAUGGUAUGGGAUAUUCUUUUUCAUUCCAAAGUUGAGGUAUUGUGUUUUCUUAUAUGUUGAUCGCUUGGAGUACAGGGUUAUGCAAAAGCUACAACCUAUCAAUCGAUUUCUUUCAAAAGAAAAUAGUGGUGAAUUUCUGUAGCUACGUGUGUCUACAAGUGAUACAGGCUGAAGAAUGAAAGUAUCUACAAGUGUGCUUCUAUUUGUGGUACAGGAUUGAAGAAUGAAAGUAUCUACAAGCUUUGCAAGCCAUUCUCUUCUCUGAUGUAUGGCAGAAGAUGCUGCCUUUGUAUACUAGAGAAGCCUAAAAGGAUUCUAGGCAAUUCCUAUGGAGCAAUUGCAAUAAAACGCUAUGCUCCUUUCUGAUAUGUUUAUAGCAGAAAAGAACUGGUCCUUUUCAUUUUUAAUGUACUGUUCAUUUCGUAGAUA